GUCAGAUGAGACGCGCACCCCUUAAGUUUAAGCCGGUGCUCGUCAUUUACGCAGCGACCGUCUGUGCCUUUUACGCACACGCACUGCCGAGAAGUCGCUCUCGCCUCUACGUCUCCGUGUGUAAAGACACCGGACUUUCAUUUUUGUCGUCAAACAAGAGCAACUGACGAGGACGAGAGAUGGGAACGUGGUGGGGACUCGCCGGACUUUCUACGUGCUGUUGUUUGCUGAUGCUGAUUCAUUGUUCACCGCAAGCAGAUGCGGCGAUCGCAUGCAGCUCCAGGCAGUUUCCCUGUGGAAAUGGGAGGUGCAUCACCAGCAGGUGGAUUUGCGACGGCACCGACGACUGUGGCGAUGGAAGUGAUGAGCUGCCGUCCAGUUGCGAAACUAAAACCUGUCUGGACUCCGAGUACAACUGUGGCCUCCCCACGAACCAGUGCGUCCCUGGGACCUGGCACUGCGACGGCAAGGCCGACUGCCUCAACGGGGCCGACGAGGAGAACUGCACGGCCAAGCGGUGCGCCAGCGGCCAGUUCCAGUGCGCCAACGGCCAGUGCAUUUCCAGCUCCUUCGUCUGCGACAGGGACGGCGACUGCUCGGACGGCUCGGACGAGGCCUCCUGCCCGGCGCCCACGUGCAGCCCCGGCUCCUUCCGGUGCAACGACUCGGUGUGCGUGCCGGCCAUGUGGCGCUGCGACGGCGACGAGGACUGCGCCGACGGCUCCGACGAGUGGCCGUCGACCUGCCCGCGGGCGGCGGCGCGGCCGGCGGCGCGCUGCGGCGCCCGCGAGUUCCAGUGCGCCGACGGCCAGUGCGUCCACGGCGGCUGGAGGUGCGACGGAAGCCCCGACUGCCAGGACGGAUCGGACGAGCUGGGCUGCGCUCGUCCCACGUGUCGCCCGGAUCAGUUCGCGUGCCGCGACGGCACCUGCGUCCCCGGCACCAAGCAGUGUGACGGCGCGUACGACUGCGCCGACUCCAGCGAUGAGAUGGGCUGCCGCGUGGAAAGCGAAUGUGAGGGUCCGUCCAAGUUCAAGUGCGGCAGCGGGGAGUGUAUCAGCAUGGAGAAGGUGUGUGACUCCAGGAAAGACUGCUUCGACCAUUCAGAUGAGCCUGUAAUAGAGUGUGGCAGGAACGAGUGCCUGACUGGAAAUGGCGGCUGCUCCCAUGACUGCAACGACCUGAAGGUCGGCUACAACUGCUCCUGUCCUGCUGGCUACAGCCUGCAGACGGACAAGAAAACCUGUCAGGACAUCGAUGAAUGUGCCGAGCCCGACGCCUGCAGUCAGAUCUGCAUCAACCGGCCCGGCAGCUACAGGUGCGACUGCGAGAGCGGCUACGAGCUGGACCCCGCCACCAAGACGUGCAAGGCGGCGUCAGGGACGGCGCCCACCCUGUUCUUCACCAACAAGCACGAGGUGCGGAAGGUGGCGGUGGACCGCGGCGAGUACGUCUCCGUCAUACCACAGCUGAAACACGCGGCGGCCCUGGACGUGGACGUAGCAAACGGGAGGAUCUUCUGGUCGGACCGGUCCAUGAAGAAAAUCUACAGCUCCAGCAUCGACGUGGCCGGCGACGCCUCUCGGCACGCCGUCGUCGUUGGCGGCGGCGUCGAGGCGCCGGAGGGCCUGGCGGUGGACUGGGUCCACGGGAACAUCUACUGGACGGACGGCGGACUGAAGACGAUCUCUGUGGCGACGACUGACGGCAGCAGGAGGAAGACCCUCAUCACAGACAACCUGGACAAGCCCCGAGGCAUCACCGUGGACCCGAUACACAACUUCGUGUACUGGACAGACUGGGGCGACGAGGCCAAGAUAGAGAAGAGCGGCCUGAACGGGGCGGGCCGCGUUGCCCUGGUAACGGCAAACAUCGUGUGGCCCAACGGCAUCACCCUGGACGUGGUCAACCAGCGGCUGUACUGGGUGGACGCCAAGAUGCACACGCUGUCCAGCGUGGACGUGAACGGAGGCGAGCGGCGCAGCAUCAUCCUGGACAGCGACAAGCUCUCCCACCCCCUCUCCCUGGCCGUGUUUGAGGAGAAAGUGUUCUGGACGGAUUCUGCCAACAGGGCCGUUUUCAGUGCCAACAGCCUGACGGGCGGCGACAUCACCGAGCUGGCAGCCGAUCUGGACCGGCCCGAGGACAUUGUUCUCUACCACGCGCUCAAGCAGCCCGCUGCCACAAACUGGUGCACGGAGAGGAACAGCGUCAACGGUGGCUGCGAGUUCCUGUGUCUGCCGGCGCCCCACAUCAACGAGCACUCCGCUAGAUACACCUGUGCCUGUCAGGACCACGCCGCCAUGGCGGCAGACAUGAGGAAGUGCGACCCAGCAACAACUCCUGCUGCGAACGCGACGGGUGCCGUGGCUCCGCCCCAAGCUCCAACCACACAACCCACCACCACCACCACCACAGCUGACAAGAAACUCAUGAACUCCUCCUCUGGUCCCUCCUUACAGAAGUCAGAUAGCAGAGUGGCAGCCGUGCCCAAGGAGGCCCCUUCAUCCCACCCUGUCGCUCUCUACAUCGUAUUGCCAAUACUGCUCGUCUCCCUGCUGGUGUUCGGAACCGUGCUGCUGUGGAGACACUGGCGGGUGAAGAACCAGAACACCAUCCACUUUGACAACCCGGUGUACCAGAAAACCACCGAGGACGAGAUGCACAUCUGCAGGGACGGCUCGGACGGCUAUGUUUAUCCUCAGAGGCAGAUGCUGAGCAUGGAGGACAUGGAUGUUGCAUGACUGAAAAGUGAAGACUACACUAGUUUUGUUUAAAGUGGAUUUUUCUUUUCUGGAAGUUAUGGUUAUUUAUUUCCACUCUGCUGCUUAACAUCCGUCCGUAGCACACAGCCUGGUGGGAGCACAGAGCGGUGUCGUGGUGAAGUACCUAUAUAUGGUUCGAGAGCACGAUGUUCUUGAUGCCAGAGUCCUGACUCAUCUGAAUGUGUGUUAUGAAGUUGCCUGCUUGCUCAACACGUGGCCUCGGCGUGCUGCAUACUUACUGUACGUUCCCUUUAAUCUUGAAAAGCCUUAACGUCUUAACGCUCCCGUCUGCCUUCCAUCCACGUGAUGCUCCAGAAUGAGCCCCACCUCCCAUAUUAAUGGCAUUUGUCUUCAUCACCUGUUGUAAUAUGAUUUUUUUUCUUAAACUUUUGUGACCAAUCUCCAAACAGGGAACGUGAGAGUGAGGAGUUACAGAUAGUUUACAAUGCAAAUGGAAAAGCUGCUGAGUUUUUUUGUAGUCAACCAAAAAAGGAAAAUAAUAUAUAGUUCAAGAAGUUGUAAAUAAUGACUGUAAAUAUUUUUGUAAAACAGUCUUAUGCUCAUUGUUCUUUGCUUGUUAUGUUUUGUAAAUUAAAAUCAAGAAAUAUUGUAAAUAUGUUAAAGAUUAUUUAUUUUCAGGAGGUUACUAAGGUUUCCGCUUGUGUUGAUUGUGACCCAAACGGUCAUGUUUGUCGUUUGACAACGUACACUACACACGUGAAGCAGCUCCACCUGUUCCUCGCGUUUUUGUUUGUUAGUUAUAAAUCCUCAUUUACUCUGUUUUUUUUGCCUUUUGCUGUGAUCACUUGUUUUCACUGUGACGUUGAGGAACGUUCAUUGUGUUUAAAACUCGAUGUUCUCAUCAACAGCAGAGCGGAUGUUCGGCCCCGUCCGAUGGAGACGUGCACUCUGCUGAUGUUGUGUUUAGUUGUACUGGUCUUUUACAAAUAAAUAAAAAAAUUGUCUGUCUUGUUAA